AUGCAACUGCCAAGACAAAGUGCCAAAAAAGCGAGGCGAGCGGAACGACAAGAGCAAAAUUCCUGUUCGCCCCCUUCUUGCAGCAGCAACGAACACAGUCUGCUGAAGCGACUUGCCACGAGUUUCCUGGUGUCUUUGCCGCUACUGCUGGCCCCCAUGACUGUACCGCUAAGCCAUGCUUCCAAUUAUGACGUGUUGUUUUCAACAGUGCAAGACCAAAACACUGGAUUCGCAGCCUCGUUGCCCUCCAAGAGGGCCUUGCAGCAGCUACGAAACGAACAAGAUUUGCAGAAUGCGCGUCUCUUGCAGUGUGAAGACAGUGGACCCGACCAGUUCGAACAGUGUUUCUUUUAUGGUACUACCGGUAUUUCUCAAGCCAUCAAUAUUGGAACCAGUCGAAAUCAGGAACCACCAGUAGUUGUGCCAUCCACAAGAGCUCCACUACGGGGAAUCAUGCCACCGGCGGCAUCCAAUUCCAAGAUCACCAAAGGGGGUAUCCCAACGUGGUGA